GACAGCAAGUCUCGGAAUCCUCAAACUCAACUCGCAUUGCAGCUACCUACCUCGCUACCCAGCAGCAUUUGCAACCACGAUUCAUUCCUUCCACUCCACACUCCCGAUAGCUCGCAGCUGCCCUGUCCCCCACCGCGCGCAGAGACAGGGUACUCUGCUUCUAGCUAGCCCGUCGACCAUGGUGCAGGCAGCGCAGGAACCACAGCAGCAGCUCAUCUUCGACGCCGCCCGCCUGAGCGGGCUUGCCGACAUCCCGCAGCAGUUCAUCUGGCCGUCGGACGAGAGCCCCACACCCGACGCCGCAGAGGAGCUGCCUGUGCCGCUCAUCGACCUCGGCGGCCUCCUCUCCGACGACGCCGCCGCGGCCGCCGAUGUGGUCCGCCAGGUGGGCGAGGCGUGCGAGCUGCACGGCUUCUUCCAGGUGGUGAACCACGGCAUCGACCCGGCGCUGCUGGCGGAGGCCCACCGCUGCAUGGACGCCUUCUUCACGCUGCCCCUCCCGGAGAAGCAGCGCGCGCAGCGGCGCCAGGGCGAGAGCUGCGGCUACGCCAGCAGCUUCACGGGCCGGUUCGCGUGCAAGCUGCCCUGGAAGGAGACCCUGUCGUUCCGCUACUCCGCGAGCUCGGCGUCGCCGGACCUCGUCGUCAACUACUUCGUCGACAAGCUCGGCGAGGACUACCUCCACCACGGGGAGGUGUAUGGUCGGUACUGCUCGGAGAUGAGCCGCCUGUCGCUGGAGAUCAUGGAGGUGCUGGGCGAGAGCCUGGGCGUGGGGCGCGCGCACUUCCGGCGCUUCUUCGAGCGCAACGACUCCAUCAUGCGGCUCAACUUCUACCCGCCGUGCCAGCGCCCCUACGAGACGCUGGGCACGGGCCCGCAUUGCGACCCCACGUCGCUGACCAUCCUCCACCAGGACGACGUCGGCGGCCUGCAGGUGUUCGCCGAUGGGCGGUGGCGCUCCAUCCGGCCGCACGCCGGCGCCUUCGUGGUGAACAUCGGCGACACCUUCAUGGCGCUCUCCAACGGGCGGUACAGGAGCUGCCUGCACCGCGCCGUCGUCAACAGCCGCGUGCCGCGCAAGUCGCUGGCCUUCUUCCUGUGCCCGGAGAUGGACAAGGUGGUGCAGCCGCCGGGGGAGCUCGUGGACGCCGGGAAUCCCAGGGCGUACCCGGACUUCACGUGGCGGACGCUGCUGGAAUUCACGCAGAAGCACUACAGGGCGGACAUGAGGACGCUGGAGGUGUUCUCCAACUGGCUCCGCCAUGGGCAGGACCAGGCUGCCCCCCUCCUCCUCUAGGCAGCCAAGCCGAUCGAGGAAUGAUGCACUUGAUUAGUAGUCCAGUCCAAUCCGUUAAUGAGCAUGCACACUCGUAGCUAUCUCCUUGCUGCGCUGCUCCUAAGCACCAGCGUGCUCUGCUUCCAAAUUCGAUUACGAGGAGUAAGCUAAGUGGAGUUGAUUAGUACGUAGUAGCUGAUGAUUCUGAUCGAUCCGGCAUGCACAAAUUAAAAGCUUUAAUUUCUUCUUCCUUGUUCCAUCUGCUUGAUUGAUUUUUCAGAUUAUUAUUAAUCAAGUGAAAAAGUUCCUUCGCU